UUCGUGAACAGGCCCAAAGAUGGGAACAGAAGUUCUUCGCUCUUCAAUGCCUCCACCGGAAACAUCUCUGUGAGGGGCUACUGACAGUGCGGAAGUGAAGAUUUGUAGUUCAUGGAGAAUCGAGAGAGCAGAGACUUAUACUGACCUCGAAAUUAUUAGAGAGAUUGAAGGAGAAAGUAUCUCAAAACGAUGCGUCGACUGAUCUCGAUUUUGGUUCAGCCACGGUGCCUGCUCCUCCUGAUAGUCCUCUCGAUUUUCCUCAUUUUUGCUUUCACCGGUCACAAAAAGUGGGGAUCUGUUGUUGAUCGGAUAUUACAUCCGAAAUACUCCAUUAUGGACAUAAAGAAGUUGAAUUGCAGCUCCAUUUUUGAGGCUUGUGAAACAGAUAUAAAAUGCAUCUCUCAAUUGGAUUGUGGAUUUUUCGUGCGCGAUUGUGCAUUUAGCUGAGGCCUGAUUAUACUUCUUUGUUGUCUGUUUGAGAUAUUUGUGUCCCUUCUUUUACAUAUUUCUUACUAUUUUAUUUUUGAGCCACGUCUAAACAAUGAUAUUAUAACAUUGUGGUUGGAGUCCCAUGGCAAAGAACAGGAUUGGAAAUUUGCCUCAUUUCUUCCCUCCUUACUUAUCUGGCCUCAAUGAGGAAGAGAAAGCAGAAGAGGUGUAUGAAAUUACUCAUAGAGUAUACUUGGAUAUUGAUAUUGAUAAGCAACGUUUAGGUAGAAUUGUCAUUGGACUAUAUGGCCAAGUUGUUCCGAAGACUGUCGAGAACUUUAGGGCUUUGUGCACAGGAGAAAGGGUUACUGGAAAGAAUGGAAAGCAUCUCCACUAUAAGGGAAAACCAUUUCAUCAUAUAAUAUCUGGAUUCGUAAUUCAAGGUGGAGAUAUAAUCUAUGGGGAUGGCAGGGGUAGCGAAUCUAUUUACGGUGGGACUUUUCCCGACGAGAAUUUUAAGAUAAAGCAUGCGCAUGCAGGUGUUUUAUCCAUGGUGAACUCUGGACCUGAUUCCAAUGGCUCACAAUUUUUUAUUACAACUGUCAAGGCUAGCUGGUUGGACGGAGAGCAUGUUGUUUUUGGCAAGGUUAUUCAAGGGAUGGAUACUGUAUAUGCCAUCGAAGGAGGAGCAGGAACCUACAAUGGGAAACCUAGAAAGAAAGUAAUCAUUGCUGACUCUGGAGAGAUACCCAAGAACAAGUGGGAUGAGGAAAGAUGAAGCUCAUCAGAGACGAAGUUAUUCUUUAUAGAGUUCUUUAGCCUCUUUUCUUGUUUUGAGAAAUAGAUAAUUGGUUCACUACUCUAUCACGUACUCGAAUAUAUACUGUUCAUGAUUUGGAUACAGUAGUCCUAGUUGUGGAAAUCUUGUAGCAUGCUCUGUAUCUGUUUGUAUGUUGAUACAAAAUUGUUCUGUUGUUUAGCAAUCAGAGGAAAAUCUGUAGUAAGGAUCUACAUGUUAUGGUUUGAUCAAGCAUGAAACUUAGUCUUUGAGAA